CAACAACAACAACAACACUACUACUACUACUACUACUACUACUACUACUACUACUACUACUACUACUACUACUACUACUACAAUAACCAUUGAAAGGACAGCAAUAACAACAAUAACAUAUAUUAGUUAUUGGAUGGAAUCAACAUCAACAAUAACUGUUUUAUCAUAA